UCAAUCCCAAAUCUCCACCCAUUAACUCUAAACCCGAAUGUUUGGAUUAGUUAACUCUAUGGGUAUAAGUAUAUAUUUACUUAUUUAAUGAAAUAUUUUGGUCAUUUUGAUCCUUAGAGUCUAUAUUUUUGACAUAAAUUUUUUAGUGUUAUCCUAAGGUAUUUCCCUUUAUAUUUUAUAUAAUAUAAAAAUAUCAUAAAUCAUAAAUUAUAUUUAGAAAGUUAUAGAUUUAAAAUUUUAAAAGUUAUAGAUAAUAUUUUUAUUUAAUUUUUUCAUAAUAAUAGUUAAAAUAUAAUAGAUAUAUUUUAGUAUUUUUAAAAUUCAAAUUUAAAAAAAAUAUUUUUAUUUUUAUUUUUGUAUUUAUUUUGUUUUUCUUAAAAAAAUUAUCCUUUUGCAACCGCAAGAAACUGCAAAAAUUAGCUGAAACCAGCUUUUGAUUAUAUGAGGUUUAGAGCGGUUUGAAGCGGUUUAGAGCGGUUUGAAGCGGUUUAUAACGGUUUGAGUGAUUGUUACAAAACGCUAACAAUCGCUAUCAACCGCAAAAGCUGGAUUUGCAGGUGGAAGCGGCGGGGAAACGAGUCAUAUCCUUACUAGAUGAAUAAUUUUAAAAAUAAAUUGAUGUAGAAAAAAAAAGAAUAUAUGACGAAACCCAAGAAAAAUUUAAGAGAGAUGAAAGUAUCUUUCAUUCUUUUGUUCUCACGAGAAGAUAGAAAAAGAGGGAAAAAAAGAAUCCGAGAGUAAAUUAUAUAAAAGAGGAAAACCGAAAACAGUUUGAAAGCAUGGUCAAGUGACUUUGAACGUGUAUGAAGAAAAUUGCUAAAAAUAAGGGAUGGGAGAGAUUUUCUUUUAAAUCAAUUAUUAUUAUUUAUUUAUUGAAAGUAUUUUCUAUUUGUUAAAAUUUAAUUUGUCAAUUGACUUAUGCUUUAGUAUAUGAAAUAUGUACGGCGAAUGAGAUAGUCGAUUUGUUGUAGAUAGUAGAUUUUUAUAUUAGACUUUUCAUGGCAAAUUUUCGUAGCCGAUUUAAAUUUGUAGCCUACUUUUUUUUAUUUACGAAGUAGCAUACUUAUGUAAAAAAUUGUGGGUUUGAGUAAACCGAACUUAACUUGAUGUCAAAGUAAACUAAUUUUAUUUUUACUUCGAAACAAGUAAGACCUUCAAAUUGAAGACACUUAUUAAACUACACCACACUUGUUACCGACCAAUCUCAAAUCUGUAGUCGUACUCAUUCAAAGCACGAUACUUUUUUUAACAGAACACAAUCCCUAAAUGCAACUCGAUUGAGAAUUAAGUUUGUGAAACUCGAUUGAGGGUUAAAGAGAGACACGGGACUAUACCUUGGAAAUUACUCUUGGUUAAAAACGAUUUCUCCACCGCAAAUGUUUUCGAUUUUUGAUUCAGAUGUGAAGAUGGAGUUGAACGUGCAAGAGGAAUAUGAUCUGGGGUAGAAGAAGGGUAGAAAUCGAAAUCAAGUAAUGAGGGGGGGGGGGUGGUCAAUUCUUCUGUUUUUUUAAAAAAAAAUAUCAUGUCGACAAAACCAGUCUCUUAUUAAUGUUUUUCAUAUUUUUUUUAAAGGGCAAACUUGUGAAUAAUGAAGUAAAGGUUGGGUUUUUGGUAUAUUUUUUGUUUUAUGUCUUAAUCUAGUCUAGUAAUAAUUAAAUUAUAUAAGUUAGUCUAGUAAUUUGUUCAUUAAUUAGAGUAAUUAAAAGUACUUUCUCUUAAUUUUUUUUUGUUACCUGAGGUGUCCAAAUUAUAUUGAUUAAGUUAACCAAUCUUAACUUUUGAUUCUGUAAUGACAAAAAUACUUACAAUUAAUUCUAACCAAAUUUGUUUUUAUUUUAUUUUAUUAGAUUUUGUUUAUAAAUAUAUCACUUAAAUUAAUUUUUUAAGAUAUAGGUAUUUAUGUUUCUAUUUUUAUUUUAAAGUAUUGACACCUUUUUAUCAAUUUUUUGGUGAUAAAUCUAGGGACUAGGGAGUUCACAUCCACUUUAAUAUAUAUAUAUAUACGGUACAAUGUAUUGUAAACCUCGUCCAAGAACCUGAUGGCAUUGGUGAAUCUUCCAUGGGAGUUGGUUGAAGAGAUCAUCUCUCGGAUUCCGCCAGAAUGUCUUGUUAGAUUUAGAGUUGUUUGCAAACAGUGGAAUAAUCUUUUCCAUGAGAAAAGAUUCAUCAAGACCCAAUUGGAUCAUGCAUGUCCACAAUUCGUCUUAUUUGACCAAAACAAGAUAUUUUUAAUAGAUGCCAAUCUUGAUGAUCUAGCAAUACAGAUGCAUCAGAUUUCUGUAGAUAUUCCAUGUGUGUUAGCUAUGACUCCUUUCAGCACCAAUUAUUGCGAUGGGUUGUUGAUUUGUGAUCUUCAUUGUAACGGGACCGCCGUUUGGAACCCGCUGUUGAGACGCGGUCGACAAAUUAUGACCAAAAAUAUUCGAUUUAAGUUAUGUGGGAUAGGAUACGAUAGUAAUAGAUCCGAAAUAAGUUACAAGUUAUUUGGGUAUCAUUAUUAUUACGAACACGAUUAUAAACUUGAAAUAUAUGAGUGUGCAUCUAAUACGUGGAAGUAUAUCAAUGCCCCUUACGAAGAAUGGCCAAUAAAAGAACCGUUAGAUAAUCAUAUAUCACUUGGUGGAAAUUCGUAUUGGACUGCUUAUAACAUCGAGACUAGCGAGUAUCUCAUCCGAAAAUUUGAUUUUUCAAAGGAGAUACUAAAGGACUUUUGUAUUCUACCGUGUAAGAAGAACCAUGAGGGAGAUACUCAUUACCUCUCGGUUUUUAGAGGAAACCGGUUUUCAAUGUUAGAACAAUGCAAUAGAACAAGUGAGAUAGAGAUUUGGGUGACGGAAAAGAAAAUAAAAAAUGGGGAUAAGGAGGAUGUGGUAUGGAUUAAGUUCAUGAGUGUCUCAAUACCUGACAUCCCUAGGUUAACCUUAUCUAACCAGAGUUUAGGACGUUGUCCAAGUUACUUCAUUGAUGAUAGGUAUGAAAAGAGCUUUGUCCUGUGUUAUACGGACGAAACUAGACAUGGUUGCAUUUAUAUCGCCAAGGGAGGUUUGUCAAGAAAGGUUAAAAUAGAUGAUGUGGGUGAUGGUUAUAGUCACUGUAUAUAUGUUCCAAGUUUCAUCCCCAUUCCUUGAGAAAGUUCAAAUUAAGAUAACAAGAAUCAAAAGCUUGCAUGUAGAGGGUUAGCGUAUGAUCAUCGAUUAUGUAUCUUGUAUUGCAUUAUAUGGCAAUACUGGGGCCGAGCGGGAUGAAUUUUUGAAAAUAAUUUAAAUGAUUAGACUAAAUAUUAAAUGUAAAAUUUAUUAAUUAAGAAUAAA